CAAACGUACGCCCCUAAAUUCCAACCUUCUUAAUUAUAUAUCUCCUCCCACAUUUUCCAAUCUCUCAACCUUCAAACCAUGUUUCCUCUACACCUUCACAAUGUCUUUCAAAACCUCACACCUUCUCUACCUCAUUCUUUGUCUUUCUCUCCUGAUCUUCAUAUACUAUGAAUUCUUCACCACCACCACCACAAUCUCUGAGGCCAUGCAGCGCCACCCUUCCACCAACCGCAAGAUGCUAUCAGCAUCCAAAUUCGACUUCACCCCGUUUCUCAAUCACCACCUGCAUCACCAUUACUACCACAGUGGGCUAGAGUUCGGUGGAAUUAUAAGUGAUGUUACUGAUCCACGUUAUGGUGUUGAAAAACGGCUCGUACCAAGUGGGCCGAACCCGUUGCAUCACUAGAAGAUGUGGUUAAUUAAUUGACUCCAUGCAUGCGUAAACUAAUGUUCUGAACCUAUAGUUAUGAUCUAGUGUGGUUGAGUAUGUAUAAAUUGAUUGAUUUUUGUAUUAUA